AUGCGUCGACAUAGACAAAUAGCUCUACUGGGAUAUCCUGGUGUGGGAAAAUCAUCCAUUGCUCAUCACUUCGUUUACAGCCAAUUUUACAACGAAUAUGAUCCAAACAUAAAAACAAAUCUUCAACAUCAGUGCGUGAUUGGAGGUGAACAAUAUGAUUUAGUCAUUGUUGACAAUGCUGGAUCAGAUCAAUAUUCAAUUAAUCAUAGUGAUUUCGAUAAUAGUGAUGCUUAUAUUCUUAUCUAUGCGAUCGAUGAUCGACAAAGUUUUGAAAUGGUAUCGAAAAUUCGAGAUAAGAUUAUUUCAACAAGUGCUUCACUUCGCAUACCUGUAGUGCUGGUGGGGAAUAAAAUCGAUCGAAAAGAUGAACGAGUUGUCUCAACGGAAGAGGGUCGUUCAUUAGCUCGUGCAUGGAAUGUGCACUAUAUCGAAGCAUCGGCGAUGGAUUUUGAGGCUGUGAAGAAAAUGUUCGAGAAAUGUAUUCAGUCGAUGAAUAACAUUGAUCCGACAGACAAUGAACUUCAAGAAACUUCAGUCAAAGCGCGUCCAAAUGAAAUCAGCUCUCCCGUAUCGUCUCCCUUAUCAUCUCGGAAUGGUUUCAAUCGGAAGUCGAACGGGAAUACAGCAGGGAAAGAUCGAUCAAAACCUACAUAUUCGUGUCUCUGUACAUAA